AUGCCCCAGGCGAUCAUCGUCAAUCACCGCCAGCUUGCGUUCCUGAUCAUUAACAGCUUGGUCGGCAAUACGCUGCAGGGCGUGGAGACAGGCUUGGAUGCAGCCAUUGCGCGAUGCAACGACAUCAACGAUGCUCCAGGAGCGAGCCCGGACAUGCUGUACUCCCUUGUGGCCUACCUUGCCAUCCUCAGCCGCGAACUUGUCGGGGACCAGGACGGCACCUUCCUGGUGGGCACCACACCAGGGCCUGUGAACAACCAAUGGCUUCAGGACCUCCCGGCUCGCACGAUGAAGCCUCCCACCCUGUGCAACCACGAGCGCUUGGGCGCAGGAACGUGUGGCCUGAGCGACUUCAUGGCCGCUGGGGUUCCCUUCCAGGCACUCACCGACAUUGCUGGCCAGGACGUGGGUGGUGGUGCGCAGCUAUGCCAUGUCGCCAACAGCCAG